ACAGUGACCCAUGUUUGUGUUUACUAAUUAGAUUGUAAUAAAUGAUAAAUGAAAAUAUUUGUUAUUAAAUCGGACACUUGCAAGGCAUUAUGACGCUGGAUUCUUCCUAAUGCAUUUCCAGACAUUUCUGAAAAACGAAGUAAGGCCUAGUUAUAGACUAUUUACACUGAUACCAGUCAACUAACAUGACAGAGUCUAAAUAAGUCACAUAUCAUCAACAUAGCACAGCUACCACUCGUUCACCCAGCAAGCCCCUGGUAAAAAAGUUUGUGAAAGUGGCCUGACGUCACACUCCCACAAUGCUCGCGCCCCAUAACUCCGCUGCAGCCUGAGCACAGAGCGAGACACUCAGGCCCCGAAUAUAGAAAAAGUAUAGAAAAAAAUUUGAAAAAAUAAUAAAACAACAGAUCGAAGAGAGAAAGUCAGGGAAAGGUGGCGUGGGGUCUCCCGCCGUCGCUUUGCUUCCAGUCCGGAUGGAUUGUUGCCGGGUUUCCAUAAGAAAUUGACAAAUGCGGCGCUGGGAACUUUUUGGGCAUUAAGGAUGCAGAACACUAUUCCCCACUCACCCCCAACCAUAGCUGUUGGUACAGGGUGAGGAGGAGGAGGAGGAGAGAGACACAGAGAGAGAGAAGAAGAGCGAGAGGGAGAACGAGGGGAGGCUGGAGGUAGAUCAGAUACUACAAUACAGGAGACUGAGCAUAACCCCUCCACCAAUAACAACCCUUCGAACAAUCCUACCUCACUACAUCCCCCCUGGCUGCAGCCACGCCCACUUAGCGCCCGAUAGGUAGGGUCAGGGCGAAACACGGCCGCGUCUCCAUGGCAACGGCACCCUAGGGCUGCCAUGGCAGCAGCUGCAGCUGAUGCCCAACGCCGCCAUUAUACCGCCCUGAUCACGCCGGACGAAGAGCAGCGCAGAGCCGCCACAAGCCACGCCCCCAACGCCGCCGCCAAACUGUACGGGGAAACCGCCCUGCCAAGGACGGAGAGAGAGAGAGAGCGAGAGAGGGAGAGGGGGAGAGAGAGGGAGAGGGAGAGGGGGAGAGAGAGGGAGAAAGUGAGGGAAGAAAGAGGAGGCAGUGGGAAGGAGUGUCCGGUGUGUGGGGUUCUGAUUGGCUGUCAGGAGAAGCUCCGGCUUCACUCGCUCUGUCACCGCGGAGAGAAGCUCCACCCCUCUCAGAGAGAGACAGAGAGGGAGAGGGAAGAGAGGAGUGAACAGAAGGCGUUUCACUGCUCUCAGCAUCACUGCUCCAAGUCUUUCAGCUCCAAAUACAAGCUCCUAAGGCAUAUGGCCACACACUCCCCUCAGAAGACUCACCAGUGUUCGUUCUGCGAGAAGAUGUUCCACCGCAAGGACCACCUGAAGAACCACCUCCAGACCCACGACCCAAACAAGGAGGCCUUCCGCUGCCAGGACUGUGGGAAGCACUACAACACCAAGCUGGGCUACAAGCGCCAUGUGGCCAUGCACUCAGCCACAGCAGGGGACCUCACCUGCAAGGUGUGCCUGCAGAGCUACGAGAGCACGCCGGCGCUGCUGGAGCACUUGAAGAGCCAUUCGGGGAAGUCGUCGGGCGGUGCUAAGGAGAAGAAGCACCCCUGCGACCACUGCGACCGCCGCUUCUACACGCGCAAGGACGUACGCCGCCACAUGGUGGUGCACACGGGCCGCAAGGACUUCCUGUGCCAGUACUGCGCCCAGCGCUUUGGCAGGAAGGACCACCUCACGAGACACGUGAAGAAGAGCCACUCCCAGGAGCUGCUGAAGAUCAAGACAGAGCCGCCAGACCUGCUGGGGCUGUUGGGGUCUGGACCCAUCAAGGAGGAGCUCAGCCCCAUGAUGUGCAGCAUGAGCUCCACCAAGGACCCCCUUAUGGCCAAGCCCUUCCCCGGAGGGACGGCCUUCCCCAUGGGCAUGUACAACCCCCACCACCUCCAGCCCCUGCCCAGCCCCGGAGGGGGGCACCACCCCUCCCUGAUGCCCAGCUCCCUGUCUGCCGCUAUGGGCAUGGGCUGCCACAUGGACCCCCCUACGUCCCUCCACCCCCACCACCUCCCUCACCACCCUCACCACCAUCACCAUCACCAUCAUCACCACCACCACCACCACUCCCCGCCCCUGCCCGCCCAAGGGCCCCAGCCCCUCCCACCCCCGCCUAAGUACCAGCUGGGAUCUACCUCAUAUCUGCUGGAAAAGCCUCUCAAGGUGGAGAUGGAGAGCUUCCUCAUGGAUCUGCAGAGCGGCCUCCCUGGGGCCCCCUCACCUGGGGCCCAUUCUGCAGACCCACUUGCUGCUGCUUCGCCCCCCAAGGAGGGGCUGGAGCCAUCGGCUGGCCUGCCAGAUGACCUCUGCGGGGACGCCCUUCUGUCCAAGAGCCCCGCCGUGAUGUCCGAGUCUCUGUGUGCUGCUAACAUGGACUUCUCCCACCUCCUCAGCUUCCUGCCCUUUAACCUGCCUCCCUACAGCGCCCCCAUGAGCGCCGGAGGAAUGGUGAUGGGCUACACCUCGUCGGCAGCCUCCUCCUCUUCCUCCUCUUCCUCUUCCUCCUCCCUGCAUGCCGCCGAGGCCCAGCUGGCAGCAGCAUCCGGCUCCGCCUCCCUUACCUCUCUGCAGCUGCAACCUCAGGAGCUUGGGGGCCCUGCAGGGGGCCUGGGUGCCGCGGGGGGACUGGGGCCCCUGCAGUCCCUCCCUCCAGUCUUCAGCUCCAGCCUCAGCACCACCACGCUGCCUCGCUUCCACCAAGCCUUCCAGUGACGGCUUCGAGCUGGACCCAGUCCUGCAGUUGGACCCAGUCCUCAGCCCAGUCCAGCCCCAAACCAGCCCAGUACUAUCCCAGCCCAUCUCUAGCC